GGGGGACUCAGCGAGAACCGCUGCUCAUAGGCUGCCUCUCACUGGAAGGAUGCAGACGGUGAAAGAAGAGAUUCCACUACAGUUAAUUAAGGAGCGCUCUGCACGUGCCUAUAAAAGCGAAGGGGCAAAUGAAUUCGGUGUCAGUGGGAGCAGCUCCUCAAGGGAAAGCAGUGAUAUUUUCAAGGUGGAAUCAAAAGAGCUGUAAAUCUAUUUCCUGACUCUGGCUUGACGGUCAUUUCUGAAUCACUGGACUGUUGUUAUCAAAGUGUGGAGCAGGGAGGCAGAGUCAGUGGAGUUCUCCCAUCAAGUUACUGGAUGGGAUCAACGUGAGCAGCAUUAUGGAUGGAUUUGUGUCAUUUUGUUGAGAUUUGUAUACACGUUUUGGUGGGUUGCUCAGAUGUGUCCUGUCAUGUCCUGGCUGCUCUGCUUGUGCCUCUGGGUCAGUGUGACUGCCAUUCAGCUGUGUCAGGGCACUUUUUAUGACACCAUCCAACAGCAUCAUGGCACAAGGCCUGGACGAACCACAAUCCACAUGAUCGAAGGGGGCACAUGUGAAGUAAUUGCUGCUCACAGAUGUUGUAAUAAGAAUCGUAUUGAGGAGCGCUCACAGACGGUCAAGUGUUCUUGUCUGCCGGGAAAGGUUGCUGGAACCACCAGAAACAGACCUUCAUGUGUUGACGCAUCCAUAGUAAUUGGGAAGUGGUGGUGUGAGAUGGAGCCUUGCCUGGAGGGGGAAGAAUGCAAGACGCUCCCUGACAACUCAGGCUGGAUGUGCUAUGCUGGCAACAAGAUCAAAACCACAAGGAACACUCAGCCCUACACAACAUCAACAUAUUAACACUUUCUGGAAUGGAUGCAAAAGAACACCUCUGGUGCAAAGUUGAAUUUGCAGCACUGUAACAGGACCAAUUACCAUAAAGGCAAUGAACCUAUUGUUGCUUUAUGAAAUAUGAACAUUUCUCAAAUCAAAGUGUAAAAACAUGUAGAAUACAUAAAGCACAUUCUGCUCAAGGCUACUGAAAAUACUGAAGCUCCAAGCUGACUGCGGAGAACUUCAUCAAACCCUUAUAAUGAAUACAUUUUCAUCAUUUCUUUCUGACUUUGAGAUGAAAUGUGAAUGUUUGUGCAUUUGGAUCAGAGCAGCUGACAUCCUUGGACAUCAGUGACCUAGAUAUCUACUACAAAGCACCAAACGGGAGAGGAUACGUCAAAGGACAUGGGAUGAGCAAGUCCGGUAUUUGACAGCCCUCAGGUUUUUUUUUAUAUUGUAUGAGGAAAAAUAUUGUACAGAAAUUGUUUGUCCUUUCCUGUAUACCAUGAUGGUGGUGAAAAAUCAACCAUUCGUGUCCCUGAAUGCAGCUUUCUUAGCCACACAACCCAACUUAGCCAAAGUUUGACAAGUUCAAGGAUGUGACAUAUUGUGGCGGAGGUGUUUUACAAAUACAGUUUACGUGUCUUUAUUCUGUACAUUUUAACAUUUGUUUGUAUGGUACUUGUAUGGCUUUGAUGAUCUCUUAAAUGGCUUUGCCAGUCAAAUUUGGUAACGUGCCAGCUACCCUGAAACAUGACCGAUUCACAGAAAAUGCGAUACCAGUAGAUUGUUUUCGAUACUUGAAAUGCCUUAUUUGUGCCAUAUCACUGUACAUAUAAAGCCAUCUAUUGGUAUGUGCUGAA